AUGGCGGGAUGGGGAGAUGUCAGCCCACAGCAGCGUGCUAUAUUCCACCACAUAGAAGAAGAAGACCAAAGGCUUGCUUAUGAUCAUUUUUUCAGAGAACGUGGUCGUGCCCCUAGAGUGCAGGAAUUCUCUGAGUUUCUUUUGACUUUUGAAGGUCAGUUAUAUUUGGAAAAUAAAAAAAGUCAAAACCAGAUUCUCCAAGAUAUGCGCCAACAGAGACAAACGAUGAGAUUAUUGGACUCCCAGAAUCAGGCUUUGGGACAGCGUAAUGAUCAAUACAAGAGAGAAAGGGAUAAUUUGCAGAUUGAGAACAGAAACCUGGAAGGAACCAUAUGCAACAUCCAACAUCAGAAAGAGGAUCUACAGCUUAAAUUUAAUUCUCUGGAAAGGAAACAUGAUCAACAUCUUGCUGAACUGGAGGAUGAAAGGACUGAUAAACAACAGUUACAGGCAGACAAACAUGCACUUCAGAACACAAUCAACUCACAAACAGACACAAUUACACAAUUUUCAGAAACAGUUUCUCAUCUUGAGAGUAAGACAGAGGAACAGUUUGUCACUAUCUCUGAUCUGGAGAGUAAGAACUGUGAUCUGGAGAGUGUGAUAGAACAACAGUCUGUCACAAUCUCUGAUCUGGAGAGAAAGAACUCAGUUCUUGAGAGUGAGACAGAGCAACAGUCUACUACUAUCACUGCUAUUCAGCAACAAAUCCAAAAGCAGCAAUAUGCUAUUCUCUUUUUGGCAGCUCUUAUCUUUGCAAUGCUCUGUUUUCAUUGCUUCUCUUAAGGAAGCAAUCCUCUUACCGCAUCACAGCAGACUACACAACAAAAUCAAAAGCUUUAUCCAUUUGUAAAUAGGCAAUAGACAUUGACGCAAUAUGCAAAACAUUGUACCUAAUUAUUGUUCUACCUGUAUUUUCACUCAUUAAAUUCCUGACCUCUUUUACUUUCUAUAUUUACCCAUCCAAUUCUUCUUAAACAUAUGUUACAGUAAACAUUUUUAAACUCUCAUACCAGGUAAUCCUGAAUUAAUUUUUCUUCAGAGCACUUACAUGUACAUUUGUAAAUAGCUACACAUAAACAAAUGAAAAUUUGACAAUCUUUUUAUUUUAUUAGUGCUAUUAUGGUAAUGCUGUUUGGUUGAUGUCAGUAGAUCUGUGUGUUGUUAAUAUUAAAUCUCAAUCUGUACAUAGACUUUCUAUGUAUAUGUAUAUAUACAUGUACUGUAUUCUCACAUCUUUUGUAUAGAGCUACAUGUACAUGUAUUUUCUUUUUGGCUGGACACAGACUUUAACCAAAGUUAAGAGUGCAUUGAAAAAAGGAGCUGUAUUUAUUUACAUUGACAAUACGAUACAAAAAUGUUAAACUUGACUGUAUCUUUUACUCCAUCUCCUUAACCUUACUUAUGCUACUCAUCUUACCAGAAACCUAAUGAUUUUACUUGUUGUCACAAACCUAAUACAUGUAUAUUUUUUCUACAAUAAACUAAUAUAGGUAAAGAAUCUUUGUAAAUUGAAGAAUAUGAUCAUAAACAGUUUGUAUUUCUAAGUUCUGUACUGUAAAUAGAGAUAUUUGUGUACAAUUUGUCCCCUGCUGAUUUAUACCAGUACUUUAUAGCUUCAUUUAUGUGUUGAUACGGUUGUAUGAAGAGGUUAAUGUGUAAAGGAUACGGUUGUAUGAAGAGGUUAAUGUGCAAAGAAUAUGUACCUGUAUGUACAUAGAAUGAUAUUUAUACUCACAUCUAUUGUAUAGAACUAUUAUUUAUUUCAUUUUGGUCACAAUUAUUUCACAUGUAUUAUAAGAUUUGUCUCUUCUCACUUUGCCAGCAAUUAUCAGACAAGAUUUUGAAAAACGCUGAGAAAGUGACAGUCUGAAGCAUUAUACACUACAUGAACAAGAUGCAAAAAUAUUUUAUUCACUAAGUAAGGCAUUCCAUUAUACAGUAUAUAAAUGUACAAUUUAAACAUUAUUUCACAAUAUAAAUAUGUUUAUUUUAUAAACAGUUAAGUGAAUGACCAGGCAACUUUGUACAUGAAUUAGUUAUGGAGAAACGGGUAAAUGAAAUGUACCAAAUGUAAUCUGUGAGUAAAUGGCAUGUUUGUUUUAUUAUAUUUAUAGGUCAGUGAUUUCUUUAUAACUUUAAAUUUCAUAAUACAUGUAUGUUUAUGUAUAAUGAAGAGUCAUAUAAAUCUGUUCGUGUGUAUACUGAUUUAGUUUUAAUUUCAAUGUUGUAUGAAAUAUUUGUCUUUUAAUGUAACAAGCUCUUUUAUCAUUUUAAAUGAAAUUGAUUAUUUUUUUUUUAAAAAAAGAUAUGCCUAAAUAAAAUGUACCAACUACAUGUACAUGUAUUAACUUGUAUCGAUCAUAAUAUCUAAUGCAUUGGAAAUUUCAUUUUACUUUUGUUGUUUUCUUUAACUAAAAAGUGCUAUUUUAGAUGUGCUGUUUAUACUAUACAUGUAUUGAAGGAUGAAAUUUAGUAUAAGAAAUUUCUUUUUUUUAUUUAAAAUUUUUAGAUUUGAUUUAUUGAAGAAGAAAAUUUAUUCAUACCUUGUUGUACAGAUGUUUGUUGAUACUCUGCGUAUAGUGCAACCAUUUGUGUGUACAUAAAGAUUAUUCAUUGCACAUGUACUUCAUAUAAAUUUAAGUUCUGCUGUUGUGCUGUAUAUUUUGAUGAGAAGUAUAAACUUUAUCUUAUUUGUUUGAAUUUUCACAUACAUGUAUUAACAUAAACUGGUAAAUUUAAUUAAACUGAAAACAUCCGAAAUCC